AUGGACUUCGUGGGUGGAGGAUCUCCACUGGUGAUCCCUGCUGAAACCACUACUCCCAACGAAGUGGAGGUGCCCAAAGAGUCUAAAUCUACCUUGGAAGAGCAAGAACCACCACAUGUUGUCAAAGAAAUUGAGGAUGCUCUUGAAACUCCGCUACCGCAGUCUGCGCUGAAAUUUACUGCUCCUGAAAGAUUUGCCUAUGCUAAACAGCUCUAUCCGGCGUCAUGCAUUGGAGAAUACAAAGCAAUCUUGCCGAAUAUGGCGAAGAAGUAUCCGUUCGAAUUGGAUGGCUUUCAACAGGCAGCUGUAGUUUGUAUGGAAAAAGGCGAAUCUGUUUUCUGCUCAUACUUCAGCUGGAAAGACCGUUGUGGCUUUGUGUGA